AUGUCUCCCCUGUUCACAAUUUCGAUUAAACCAGAGAAACAAGCGGAACACCUAGAAGUCCUGAUAGACUCAGGCGCCACAUUGUCAUUUCUUCACCCCCGUACCGCCGAGGCAUUACGCCUACCUCUUAUAGAUCUCCCAACACCCCGCACCGUUACUAUGCUUGAUGGGUCGAGCCCCCAGGCUGGCAAAAUUUGGAAGAAGGCUAAUCUAACCUUCUCCUUUGAUGGCAAACGUAUGACGGAGACCUUCUUGAUCUGCAAUACAGGGUCCCACGCCGCCAUUUUAGGAUUGAAGUGGUUGGAUGCCCAUAAUCCAGAGAUCGAUUGGAACCAACGCACCCUCUCCUUUCCCCAUGCACCACCGGAACAUGUAGCCAUCGCUGAGGAAGAGGAAGCUGACCAGAACCCCCUUGAAGGAGUCCCCCCCGAGUACCAUCAAUACGCCAAGCUCACAGAGGAAGGUCCCCUGAACUCCCCCCUGUACAGCAUGACAGACGCCAAAUCCGCCACCCUCAAGGAUUGGCUCAGGGACGAGUUGAAAGCAGGGAAAAUCCGCCCUAGCAAAUCUUCAAUUAGCUCUCCUGUGAUGUUUGUCCCAAAAAAAGAUGGUUCCCGCCAAUUGGUUGUUGACUACCGCCGUCUCAAUAACCGGACAAAAAAGAACGUAUAUCCACUACCCCGUCCAGACGACCUCAUGGCCCAGCUCCGCGGCGCCAAGGUUUUCACCAAGCUAGACCUGAGAUGGGGUUACAACAAUGUCCGUGUUAAAGAAGGCGACGAAUGGAAAACAGCAUUCCGGACCAAGUACGGCCUCUACAAGUCCCUGGUCAUGACUUUUGGCCUGACAAACGCCCCUGCCGCCUUCCAGCAUUUUAUGAACGAACUAUUCAAGGAUUUGCUUGACGUCUGUGUCAUCAUAUAUCUUGAUGACAUCCUCAUUUACUCCAAGACAGACGCCGACCACGCUCAACACGUUCACGAGGUCCUGAAAAGGCUAAAGGAGAAUCAACUGUUUUGUAAGGCAUCAAAGUGUACGUUCCACGUCACAUCAGUGGAGUACCUUGGUAUAAUUGUCUCGGACCAAGGAUUCAGCCUAGAUAAGCUCAAGAUCAAGGCAGUUCAAGAGUGGCCCACGCCCACCAAGGUGAAGGAAGUACAAUCCUUCCUUGGAUUCGCCAAUUUCCUGCGUCGAUUCAUUGCCAAUUUUAGUCACAUGGCCAGACCCCUGCACAAUCUGGUCAAGAAGGAUACAGUCUGGAAAUGGGAAGCCAAAGAACAGGAAGCUUUCCAGGGACUUAAGAACGCUAUCACCAACGCACCAGUCCUUUGCCACGCUGACCCCGCCAAACCAUACUUCCUUGAAACAGACGCCUCAGGGGCAGCCCUUGGAUCCAUACUGAGCCAACGCCAAGAAGACGGACGAUUGCAUCCCUUGGGCUUCCUAUCAGAAUCAUUCAAGGGAGCGGAACAGAACUAUGACACGCAUGACAAGGAACUACUGGCAAUCAUCCGCUCCUUUGAGUACUGGCGUAUUUUCCUGGAAGGAACCCCGCACCCUGUCACCGUGUUUACCGAUCACCGCAAUCUGGAGUACUGGAAAGAGUCACGUACAUUCAACCGUCGUCACGCCAGGUGGCAUCUAUUGUUAGCUGGGUAUAACUUCCAAAUCGUAUACCGCCCCGGUAAACAGUCCGGCAAACCAGACGCCCUCUCACGACGAUCAGACCAUGCCAACAUCCCACCGGAUGCCCAAACCAUGCUUCCCGACUCCGUUUUUGCCAACGUUGCACUAGUCACACCUGAAAAGGAGUUACAACGCCAGAUUGAGUUAUCCUUAGACCAAGACGAAUCCCUGGAGGAAAUCCUCCAAUUCCUGCAGAACGCGUCCAAGGCUCCACCCUCAAUCAAGCGCGCCUUCAAAGAUUACGAGAUGGAAGCAGGCCUGCUAUUCUACCAAGGGCAAAUUGUAGUACCAGACAUUGGGACAUUGAGGACAGACUUACUCCGUAUAUUCCACGACAGCCCCCUGGCCGGUCACCCAGGCAGGCAACGGACCCUAGAACUGGUAUCCAGGAAUUACUACUGGCCUGGCAUCCGUGCUGACACAUACUGGCACGUCGAUUCUUGCGAAACAUGCCAACGGAUCCGGAAACCCAAGUACGCAUCCAUCCCACCUCAACCUCUGGAACUCCCAUCACGCCCGUGGCAACAUGUGUCAUAUGACAUGAUAGUAGACCUGCCCAAAGACGGAAAUAGUGACUCCAUCCUGGUCAUUGUUGAUAGCUUUACCAAAUACGUGAUCCUGGUAGAAUGUUCCAAAAAGCUCAAAGCACCGGAGUUAGCAGAUCUAUUCCUCCGCCAUGUAUGGAAACGAUAUGGUAUGCCUGAAAAGACAGUAUUGGACCGCGGACGGGUCUUCAAUAACAAAUUCCUGAAGGCCCUAUACCAACGCCUGGGAAUAGACCCCCAUUUCUCCUCAGCCUAUCACCCCCAAAGUGACGGGCAGACAGAACGUGUAAAUCCCACGGUUGAACACUUCUUACGGGCCUACUCAGGGAUAAACCAGAGGGACUGGGUCAAAUGGUUACCAAUGGCGGAAUUUGCCUACAACAACGCGGUACAUAGCUCAACAGGCAAAUCCCCCUUUAAGGCACUAUACGGAUGGGAACCCUCCUUGACUCCGAGUAACGUUCCAACAGACGUCCCUGAGGCAGAUGAUCUAGCAGCUCAGAUGGAAUCACAAUGGCGAUGUCGUGACCCAACUGUAAGGUUGGUCACACGCUAG